AUGAAGUUUGAUGUGGCAAUGUUGGAUCCACAGGACGAGAUUUCGGAUGAAACAGCAAGUAGUUCACUCGUUCAUAUAACUAAUAAAAAUAUGAUAGAUCGCAUUGAAACGUUAUCAAAUAAGCCAAGAACGAUCGUUAUUCCUCCAACCGUUAUUACAUAUCGAGCAACUCAACAGGAAUUUAAAAUUUUCCAGUUGGUUAAUAGUAUUCAACGACAACAAGAAGAGAGAUGGCGCAGAAAUGUUAUUGAAUUAACUGAAGCAGAACUGGUAGUGCACCUUUUAAAGUCGUGCCCUUUUUUAGUGCUUUUGCCAUCUGGUGGAUUCGAAAUCGAUGAUAAAUAUUGCAUUUAUGAUGGAUAUUUUAAAAAACCGAUUGAAUAUUACGUUAUGCCUUUCGUAGAGUCUCAUAGACAGAUCAAUUCAUUGGUAUGUUUCGCUGAAAGAAAGGGAUUAAAAUCGGUAUUGGCAAGGUUUCUUCAAGAAUUUGUGCUGGAAUUUUUUAGUACUUAUACGCGAAAGCUUAAUAGAUUAUAUGGCAGAGAUGAUCUCACGCUUCCAACAUUAUUGCAUGUUACUUAUGAAGAUACGCUUGCCUUAUCAACUGUUUAUGAUGCUUUAUCAACAGUAAUGGUUGAAAAUUUGUGGUGCUAUAAAUCCGUUAAUCGGUUUCUUAAUCAUCUCUUUUGCCUGAAUAUUUAUUCAAGGUGUCGACCGGCGAUCGUUGGAGAAACACUGCAGUCAUUGCAGUCUUCUGUGUUUCAGCUACUUGGGCAAUAUUUUGACCACUUAUUCACUGAGGAUCGGGUUGAUGUAAUUUAUGAUAAGGAUUUUAUAUUUUACUCAGAUGAAUUAUCGAUGUUGAAGGCAAGAUCAGGCCGAUCUAUCUUUUGGACCAAUGAAUUAGUAUCGAAAAUAUUUAUUGCUGCUACAAAUGCUUAUCAUUUACGUUCAGCACCAAUUAAAUUCGAAAAGAUUCCUCAGUUUUCAAGCCUUUUAAUGCAAAAUCUAGAGAAAUAUCAGAAUGGAAAAUUUAUUCUUUGGCAUGAUAUAAAUUUUUGUUUCGAAAUAACUUGUGAUAAAAUCAUAAAACAUACUUCAGCCAUAUUUUAUGAGGCAUUAUCCAUGAAUCAUACUUUGCCGUUGAUACUUCAUGAAUUACAGAUUGUUUUCAAUGGUUCUGCCGCACAAGCAGCAAUCACUCAAAAUAUUUGUGACAUUUCAAUGCAUAAUGUACGCUUUAAUUCGGAUGUAUUCUAUGAUCGAUUAAAAUUGUUUGGAUUUUCUGAGGAUCGUUGCAAUUCAUGGACCGUCAGUUGUGUGGAUGAUCUACUUUGCAAUCUAAAAAUUAUACCUCAAUUGCCAUGGCCUUAUGAAUUUGUUAUUGAUUUAUGUCUUAUUAAUACGUUGAAUCAGUGUUUAAAAUUUUUUCUAAAGCUAAUCGUCGCUCGUGAAAGUUUAUGUGACUUUUAUCAAAGGAAUUUUAUUUCCGUCAGAUCUAAGUCUUCCCGUAAAUGGUGCCUUUUGAUUACGUUGCUCAAUCAGCCUCUUACAAUUAUUUCUGAGAUUUUCUCAUCACAGUUGCAAAGUAUUAUGGCCAAGAAAACAGCUUUAUGUUUAUUGUCAUCGUCAGUGGAAGAACUAUGUAAUCAGUUUCAACUGCUAAAUUCACAAUUGUCUGGUUUGAUUUCAAACAGUGGUAUACGAUCUCUUUUGCAUCAGAUUGUCGACAAAUUAUGCUUAAUGGUUGAAGAUAUAUCAAUGAUUGAGGAUAUAGAAGCAUUUAAUGUGGAUAUGUUAUUGAAAAUAAUUAUAAGAGAAAGAAAUUUAUUAAUUGGAUUGGGUAGGUCAAUGUGUGGUACCAUAUUUCAUCCACUCUGUUAUUGCCUUUCGUGA